AUGUCAGAUGAGGUUAUCCUGACACCUACAAUAAAAUCACGCAAGAAAAUUGAUAAAUCAAUGAUUGGAGUGCCAAUGGAUUUCAGGUAAAAACAUUUUUAUUGAAUUAUUUGUUCAAAAUAAAAUUGAUCCAAUUUUCAGACACUUGGCACAUUGUGAGAAUAAAACUGAAUCGGAGAAAAAUCAAAUAAGAACAUCGGUAAAUGUGAUUGAUGCUGUUAAUCAACCACAUUAUUAUCAACGACCAACAUCUUCUACAACUACAUCUUUGCGAUCGAUUUUGAAAAAAGAGGUAAACAUUUUUUGUUGCAAAAAGGGUGGCACAUAAAUAAUUGGGAGAGGUUGUGACGCAGAGAAACAUUUUUCGGUUAGAAAUUCGCUAUCAACAAAUUAAAGGGUCUAUGAACACGUUCUGUAGAUCAAAAUUGCUCGGGAAAAAGAGAAAAAAUUUCUUAAAUGUCUAGGUCUUAUAAAAAAUAUAUACAAAGAUCACAAUCCCAAGUUCUUCCUAAUUCCAGAACAUCAGUCUCGAUGAAGUAUUCCGAGCCCCAUCUCCAUCUCCAUCUAACAAUAAAAUCUCAAAUGCUCGAGGAUAUGUCAAUCAACCAACAUCUCAUACUUAUCAAAAUAUAAUAAUCGGAAAUCGGCCGAGCACAAAAACACAUCAAGCUCCUCCGCCACCUUUACCCGGUGGAGCAAAACCGAAACUGAUAGGAACUGACGAAGAGAUGGAGGUCAAUUCAAGUCCCCCACCUGUUGUUUUCAGGUAUUAUUUAAAAUCUUUUUGACAAAAAUAAAAAAAAUAAAAUAUAAAUUUAGACAAAUUUCGAGUACACCUGCACCAGUCGAAUUGGAGCAACCCGAAAUAUUGACACCAGAUGUGAUUUUUGCCCCAAAACCUAAUUCAAUCGUAAGUUUCUACAGUACUUUACUGAUAAUAAGUUAUUUGAUAGAUUAUUGAGCGACCGGAUAUGUUGAUGAGUUUCAGUUUGGGGUUAGAUGCAGUAAUUCCAGUCCAAGAAGAAGUCUCAUUUGAAUUUCCUAUACAAGAAAAAAUUGUUGAAGAAACACCUAUUUUAUUCUCACAAAGUCCACCAAACAAUGAAUAUUUGUCUGAAAUGAAUUCGAAGAUGUCAACAAUUCGAAGUACUUCGGCACAAGGAAAAGAGGUAUUUUUGAAAGGAAAUUUAAAACGAGAAAUCUGCAUAAAACUUUAGAAAUAGUGAAGCUCUAAUGUUAAUCGAAAAUGCUAAAUUUUUUCGUGGGAAAAUUUCAGAGGGAACUUUAGAAAGUUCUCAAGAAAAAUCCUUCAAAAUAAUUAUUUUGUUCAGAUACUCGAUGAUUUGGAUGAUUGGUUAGAUGAAUUGGAUGAUUUUGAUAGAGAGAAAUUAUCAACAAUCAGUACGGACGAAAGUGGUUAUCCAACAUUAGCAUCACCUCAAGAUCGACAAUUCAUCGAAUUUUUGGUGGACAAAUAUUCGCUAGGUGUUGAGCCUGAAACAGUUCGCGUCAAAAAACCAAUUCCAUCAACAAAAAAGAAUCACGCACCAAUUCCAAGCUUCGAUCCUUCAUCAGAUAAUCGUCCUAAAAGUUUGCCACCUAAUCGACCGCCUCCAUCUUACGACACUCCAAGUUAUGAAGCACCUUCAAAUCUGAUAACAACGAAAAUGUUGGCGAAACAAAAUGCAAUCGAUUUGCGAUCGACAAUUUCGUCGGAUACUAUUCCUCCGGAAUUAUCCAAAUAUUUUGAUGAGAAGAAGAAAUGGCGAAACUCAACUCCUGGAACAAUUUCUUCUGGUAUCACUGAUUUUUCAACAACUUCUUCAAGAAAUGAACAAUCUGACGAUGUUUUAUCAAUUGUUAGUGAAAGAUCGGAUCUAAAUGAGAUUGAGAUUGAAGAGAUAAAUGAAGCCAUUUUGCCACCGAUUCCUCUUCCAAGAAAGAAGUUAGCAGUAUCAAAAGAAGAUGAGAAUUUUGAUAUGAAAACUGAUUUAUCAAAGGAAACCGCUGAUGAAAAUUCGAACGUAAAACCUGAAGUCGAUGAGGCUAAAUUGACUAUCUCAGAAGAAACACCAGACGAGAAUUGUAAUGUUAAAAAUGAAGAAGAAAUCGAGGAUGAAGAAGAUGAAGAAACAUUUGUAUGUAGAUUCUGA